CUCUGCACCCCCCCCGGGGCUUUUCUAGCGGCAGCCUGGCCGGAGUCGCCUUUGCGCCUCCGAGCACCUUACUCGAUUGUGUUGGACCCGCUGAGGAAUUCAUAGAGCCCUGCAAUGCUGGGUCUGCUGGGCCCUGAGAACGGGGAAAUGCUCCAGUUCCUACUUUGCUGGGUCUCUAGGGUGAUUCCAAAUGCUCAGGUCUUUCAAGUGGGUGCGGAGGGGGCACUUUAGACACGGGGGCUGAAACUAUUUCAUGGUGUAGCCCACAUCUUAAUAAGGGGUGUGUCCUGUGCCCCCCCGCCCUCCUCCCACCGGCUGCCAUGCACCCAGCCCAUCUUCUGCUUUGCACAGCUUCCCUAUGACAACAACAGCAAUUCCUUGCACACAGAAAUGAUCUUAGGAAAGUGUUUCGCUGUUUGUAAUUGUUCUGCUGGGGGCAGCGGUCCCUGGCGGUGGCUCCUGGUUCCUUUCCAGCAACUACUACAACAGGCAGCUGGACUUGCCUCCGCCUGGUUCCCUGCGCGUCCUACAGGUCAUCAGCUUUUUCUUCCAAUGAAGCGAGAAGGUGGAGCUCACGCUACACGUCCUGUCAGCUUCCACAGAUCCACCGUGGUCCAUGGGCCAUAGGUUGAGAACCGGCUGACUUAGCAUCUUUGUACCAGUUUUUUUCUUUCCACUCUGGGCAAUAUUGAUCUGAAAAUCACAGACACAAACAUGGAGUCCUAGGGCCUGUUUGCUACAGAAUCAGGGUUCAAAGCAGAAAUGUGCCUGGUAGUUGAUCUUUGAACUUUAGCUUCUGGAAUCUGGUUACUUUGAUUUCUCCACCUGACCUUUGCAUAACAUCAUGCUAAUGCUCUAGGAGGUUUUGUGUGUGCAUUCAGUAAGAGUAAAAAUUGAGUCUGACAAAGCAUCGAGCAGCCUGUAGCAUGGGAACGUUGUUUCUCUUUGGAGCUGAUGUUGGCAAAUGGGAAUGUGCCCCCAACUCCAUUGUCCAUGUCUUUCCAUACACACAGGCUCCAGAAUGGGACAUGGGGUCCCGGCACUCGCCUCUUUCACAGCCCCACGCUGUCCCCCGCCGGACUUCUGUGAGAGAAACCCCGCUGCACGCUGCGGAGAUCUCCCUGACUCUAGUGGCUGCCAUUCAAGCAGUGGAGAGAAAAGUUGAUGCUCACGCCAUCCGGUUGCUGAAUCUGGAAGGGAGAACAGGGAUGGCUGAAAAGAAAUUGAUAGGUUGUGAGAAAACCGUGGUGGAGUUUGGGAACCAGCUGGAGAGUAAAUGGGCCAUGCUGGGAACUCUGAUCCAGGAGUACGGGGUACUGCAGAGGAGGCUGGAGAACAUGGAGAACCUGCUGAAGAACAGGAACUUCUGGAUCCUGCGGUUUCCCCCAGGGACUAAGGGGGAGGUCCCCAAGGUCCCAGUGGCAUUUGAUGACGUCUCCGUCUGUUUCUCUGAGCCGGAGUGGGAGAACUUAGAUGGAGGGCAGAAGGAGCUGUACAAGAACACGAUGAAGGGGAAUUACGAGACCCUGAUCUCACUGGACUACGCCAUCUCCAAACCUGACCUUCUGUCCAGAAUUGAACAGGGGGAGGAGCCGUGUGGGGGGGCUCAGGAGAACUCUGAGGAGAGCGCGAUCCCCAUGGAGUCUAGCACAGAGUUGCUGAACCUUACUCAUGACACUGUAUCGUGGGUAAAACAAGAAGACCUGUACAUCAGGGAUCAGUGGGACUCAGAGGAGAGAGAGAUCUCUACAGAGCCCAGCACAGCAGACGACGAGGUUGUAGUCAAAGCUGAGGAGGGAAUCCCGGUGAGCCUGGAGCUGUACAGCACGUUGCCUGGACGACCAGAAGAGACUGUUUUCCAGUACCCUGAGCAGGAACCGAUCUGUGACGAUCAGGGCAACGUCAGCAUCCAGGGAGAAUACCCUGAUGCGAACAGUCUGGGGGACUCGGCUGCAGGCGAGAGAGACUUCAGUAACUUCACCACAAUCAUUGUCCAAGAGGAGAGCCUCCCAGGAGAGGCACCGUACGUCUGUUCUGAAUGUGGGAAAAGCUUCCUCUACGAGCAGCAGUGCGUACUGCACCAGAGGAUCCAUGGCGAAGCUCACACGCCUCCUGAGCACAGGGAGAACUUCAAGCAAAACCACAGUCUCAAAUCCUGUCCACAGAUCCAGCCAGGGGAGAGACUCUAUAAUUGCCCUGAGUGUGAGCGGAGCUUCUCUCACAAGUCGAGCCUCAGCAAACAUCAGCUCUCCCACACGGGGGACCUGCCAUACACCUGUGCUGAGUGCAAGAAGAGCUUCCAGCUGAAGAUUAACCUCAUGAUACACCAGAGGAGUCAUGCGGGGAAGAGCAGGGGCUUGUAUAUCUGCAACGAAUGUGGGAGGGGCUUUAACCACCAUUCGAACUUCAUUAGGCACCAGAUGAUCCACACUGGGGAGAGACCCUAUGGCUGCACCGAGUGUGGGAAAACCUUCAUGCGGAAGGAGCAUCUCCUCACCCACCGGCGCCUGCACACGGGAGAGCGGCCCUACCAGUGCACCGAGUGCCGGAAGAGCUUCACCCGCAAGCAGCACCUGGUGGGACACCAACGCAUCCACACUGGGGAGAAACUCUGGGGGACGCUGGCAGCACAGAGACGCUUGCACGACCUGCCAGGCAAAGCGCACAGGGGAGAGCCUGUGUCUCUGCACUUGAUGCACAAGGAGUUCCCCCCGGAGCGUGAGCGAUUCCCCCCCAACUGCUUUCCCCUCCCGUCUGCGGAAGGGGGGUUUGUUGAGCUACUCCGGGAGAGACCCCCCUGCGCCCCGAGAGUCAGCCCCAUUGCUGCCGCCGAGCGCGGAGCGCCCCGGGCGCAUCGGCCCCUCUUCGCCGCCUCAGGCCUGCGCUGCCUCAGCCAGGUACCUGGGUCUCCCCGCGGUGACAGAGCUCGGGAGUGCGGAGUAACCUGGGCCGGUGAACGCAGGGAACUCCCCGCUGCGCUGCGGGCCCUGGUAGCUGGGGGUCGGAUGGUGUCACUGCUGCGAACCCCCCUGCCCCGGGCAGUGCGGUACCCAGGGGCCGUGAUCGCUGCUCCGGCCCUUGAGGAGCCGGAAGAGGGGACGGAGGAGGAGGUACCAGACCGGUCCCGGAGUGAGCCCACCUGGGGCGGGACCCCGGGUUCCGAUUCCCCGAGGCAGCCAGCCGGGGCUCGCAGCGACUCCGGCCCGGCCCGGCCCGGCUCUGGGCAGACGCGGAGAGGCGAGUCCCACCCGGCCGCUGCCCUGCGCCCCACCCGCCGCCAGCACAGGGGCCUGCUCUUGGCUCCCGCUCCAUCGGCCGCCUCCUCGCCGCACGCAAGCUCCCGGCCCCGCAGCCAGCCGCGGCUCCCUCCCUCCCUGCCGGCUGCGCUCGCUCUCUUCGCCGGCAGCGGGGCCGCCGUGGCGAGGCGAGGCGAGGCGAGCGGGCGCGGGAUCUGCCCAGGCCGGAGCGGAGCGGAGCGGAAGCUCGGCUCGGCCGGGCCGGGCUGGCCCCUGGGAUCCAGCCGCGCGGCUCGUUCCCGGAGCGGGGCGGGGGCGAGCUCCCGAUCCGAGCUCCGGCUGCGCCUGGGCCGGGAACAAAGGGCCAUGGCCGAGCGGGCCGCUGCCCAGGGUCCAGAACUGGAUGCAGUGACACAGUGCCCAUCUCCUUUACCACCUCCCAUUGUCCCUGAACGAACUUCUGAAAGAGAAACUCAGACUGCAGAGAUUUCCCUGACUGUUGUGGCAGCAAUUCAAGCCGUAGAGAGAAAGGUGGAUUCUCAUGCCACACGGUUGUUGGAUCUGGAAGGGAGAACUGGGAUGGCUGAGAAGAAAUUAAUAGACUGUGAGAAAACAGCAGUGGAGCUUGGCAACCAGUUGGAGAGUAAAUGUGCUGCACUGGGAACUCUGAUCCAGGAGUACGGGCUGCUGCAGAAGAGGUUGGAAAACAUGGAGAACCUGCUGAAGAACAGGAACUUCUGGAUCCUGAGACUCCCCCCAGGCACUAAUGGAGAAGUCCCUAAGGUGCCCGUGACAUUUGAUGACGUCUCAGUCUAUUUCAAUGAGAAGGAAUGGGAGAAACUAGACGAAUGGCAGAAGGAACUGUACAAGAAUGUGAUGAAGGGCAAUUAUGAAUCUUUGAUCUCGUUGGACUCUGCAAUUUCCAAACCUGGUGUUUUGUCACAUACCGAACAAGGAGUAGAGUCACGGGUCAGAGGGCAGCAGGACUCAGAUGAGGAGAGAGAGAUCCUUACUGACCCCAGUGCAGCAGGUAUAAGGGUUGUGAUCAAAACAGAGGAGAUUCAUCCAGAGGACUGCCCUGAAAACCUGGAGCUGGACAGAAUGUUGGAACGAUCAGAAGGAAGUUUCCAGAAUCCGGACCAGGAAGUAACCCAUGGUAGUCCGUAUGGCUCAGUAACGCCUCCCAGAAACCCCUCAGGGAACUGUCUGGAUGAGUCCACCGAAUAUAAAACAGAUUUCAGCGAAAUCAGAAGAGUCAUUGUUCAGCAGAGUAACUGCACAGAUGACGGGAUUGUGAUCAAAACCGAGGAGGAGGAUGAUCCUGACACCCUGGAGCCAUAUGCCAUGUUCUCAGGCAGAGCAGAGCAGCAGAUUUUCCAGAAUCACGAGCAGGGGACAACCUGUGAGGCUCAGUGCAGUUCCAAAAUGCAGCAGAGAAUUCUAAUCGGAAACAGGCCGGGGCAAUCUACUCCCUGUGAAAGAGACUCCAGUGAAACGAAGACAGUGAUCGUCCACCAGAGAAACCGCACAAGGGAAAGACCUUAUAUCUGCCCUGAGUGUGGGAAAAGCUUCAUGCUGAAGAUCAACUUUAUAAUCCACCAGAGGAACCAUCUCAAAGAGGGGCCCUACGAAUGUAAUGAGUGUGACUUAAGCUUCAGGAUCAAGCAGCAGUUUAUCCUGCACCAGCGCAGCCACACACGACGGGGAGUCGGCCCGGCCCGGCGUGUGGAGAACUUCAGAGACCAGCACAGCCUCAAGCCAGAGCAGAGAACGCCACCGGCAGGGAAACCCUAUAAAUGCACAGAGUGUGAGAGCAGCUUCAGCCACAAGUCGAGCCUCAGCAAACACCAGAUCACACACGUGGGGGAGCGGCCGUACACGUGCAGCGAGUGCAGGAAGAGCUUCCGGCUGCAGAUCAGCCUGAUAAUGCACCAGAGGAUCCACACUGGGAAGAGCGAGAUGUCCUUCAUAUGCCCUCAGUGUGGGAAAAACUUUAGUCGCCCCUCCCAUCUCCUCAGGCACCAGAGGACUCACACGGGGGAGCGGCCCUAUAAAUGCACCCAGUGCGAGAAAACCUUCAGUGAGAAGUCUAAACUUACCAACCACUACCGCAUCCACACACGAGAGCGGCCGCAUGCCUGCACUGAGUGCGGCAAAGGCUUUAUCCGCAAGCACCACCUGCUGGAGCACCAGCGCAUCCACACUGGGGAGCGACCCUACCACUGCACUGAGUGCGGCAAGAACUUCACUCAGAAGCACCACCUGCUGGAGCACCAGCGGGCUCACACCGGCGAGAGGCCCUACCCCUGCACUGAGUGCACUAAGUGCUUCCGAUAUAAACAGUCCCUUAAGUACCACUUGAGGACACACACGGGGGAGUAGGAGCCAGUGGGAGCUGCAUCCUACCUGGGCAUUUGAGUCAGGUCUUUGUGGAAGGAACCAGUGGUGCAACAGUGUGUAGGGACUGAUAUUUUGAUGUAAAACAAAGCAAAUAACAUGCAGCAAAAUUUAAAAGACCAGAAAAAGCUAAUUUAGGGUAAAUAUUCAUCAUAAUGUACAGGAUAUUUUGCUGAAGUAGGACUAACUGCUUUUUAAAUCUAUUCCUUUUGAUAAUAAAUGUGAAGUAACUUUUAUUUGAUAAGCAAAUUUAAGAUUUCAGUUUUUUUAAAUAUAUAAUAUCACACUGUACAUCAUUCCUUUUAAUCUGGAAAAUCCCGGAGUGGUUUACAUGCCUUCUACAGGGAUUGUGUCACCUGCUGCUGAGAUGCAGCUGCCCGAGGGUGGACCAUGGCAUCUUUUUAACAGUGCACAGCAAUAGUAUGUGCGCCAAUCCCGGUUGAGGUUAUUAGUAUAUCCACAUAGAAACUACAAAAAGAAUUUUGUAUGGAUUAUUUAGAUGUAAAAUGAUAAAGGAUGGCUUGCCCUAACACAAUCAUUAAUUAUACAAUACAGUGGAAUCCCAGUCACAUUAAAAUAGUCAUGCCACCUGGAAGCCAGCCAGCCACCUCUUUACCCUUCUGGGAAGGGAGACAGUGUAAAGCUGACUGAUGUAAACAUCCUGCUUUUGUGAUGAAAAGCAUCUACUCAGUUAUCCAGUCUGUCUCCCUGCCAACACAUGAUGUUCCCAAGUGUGUUGGUCAUUCUAAUUUCAAAUGACCCAAGUGGUAAAGUUUCCACUGCAUCCCUUGGCCAGCUGUUCUCAGCUGCCCCAUCUCAGCAUUAGAAAGUUUGCAGAUAUAUACUAACUUUCUAAUGGGCUUUAUGGUCAGGGCUGUGGUGUUCCAUUUCAUCUGAAAGAGCACUGCCCUGGGGCAUUGGCUCAGUGCAUGUUCAUUCAGUAAGGUCUGGGAGGGGAGGGCAGGGCUGGGAGAACCUUGGUGAGUAUGUGGAUCCUUGGAGGAGUCCUUCUACCCCUACUUUCACCCCAGUGUUCAGACUGAUGUGGAGCCAGGUGCUGGUUUCCCUGUGCAGUGUCCCUGUCCAGCGUGUCAUGCUGUGAAUGGGAAAAAUCAGCAGUAGCACAGCGGUGGGGUGAAUGUGUCUCAGGUGCUCGUCUGUGUGUGUUUUGGGGUAGAAGAGAUGGCUUUGAAUCUCCUGCAGCCCAGGGACAGGGUGGAAAUAGAAAUAAAGCCUUUGGUUGGGUUUAGGAAACACCCCUUGCUAGAUCUGGUUGUGCCCAGGUCAGUAGGUGUUUCCCAGGGAUCCAUUGAAUGGUGAAUAUUCAGGUAUUGAAUUUCAUUUUAUUGUCACACUGGAGUCAGUGCAGAGUGAGGGACCAAUAGAUCUUCAUCCUGGGCUAUAAACAAUCCAGCUUUGUGCUACUGGAUUACUCAUUCCUCCCAGUGCCUUUCUGAAAUUCUUACAGCUCCCUGAUUAUUCCAGUUCUGUCGUUUCGUGGUUCUUGCAGUUCACAUGAUUAGUGGCAUCAAGUUUAAUUUUAUUGGCUUUGUCACAGAUUAAAUCUAGAGAAAUUUGAGUGGAAAAGUAAUAUUAGUACAGUCCACUCCUGGGUGUCCGUGUAGAACGCUCUCCUGUUGGAUGAAAUUCUGCCCUGUGCAGAUGGCCAGCAGUUGGGUGAGUUAAAUAGGAUUUUAAUGCUGCCAGCGCCUUAUUCUGGCCUGACCAUAGAUAAAUUGCACCAGUUUGGACAAUAUCUCCAAUAAACCAUGGCAUUUAUUUAUUUUUUUAAGCUGUUAACAUGUUUUUCAGACUAAAUUUGUGUGCUAUCUAAAAAUAAGCAUCUCAUUAAAGGUAUCAGUGUAUGUUCUGUUUAUAUAAAGUGUAAUGUAUUAGCUAGCUGUGCACUGGCUCUAUCUUAAGCACUUAUGUGGCCUCAAUUAUCAUAGUGUCUAAGUACUUUACAACCUGUAAUGUGUUUAUCCCCUCACACCUAUAAGGAAUUGAACUCAGGUCCUAGACAUGCGAAGCAACAGCCUAAUCACUGGACUACCCUUGCUUAGAGGGUCCUUACAACCUGAUUUUGCAAUAGAGCAUUUCAUUGGAAAUUGCAGUCGUACCUCCCUCCCCCGAAUUAUACCACCACGUAUUUCCUCUGACCGUUUUAAUUGCAUGGCUGUAAUGCUUGGAAUUCUCUUCUUCCAGAUAAAAUACAAGCAUUCUGGCUCAAGAGAAUUUAAAAAGUAACAAGAUAUGCUACAAAGAUAGUGGGAACCAGUGUAAACCCAGUCAGUGAUACGGUGGUCAAGGACUGUCUCAGCAUUUGAACUAUGGCCUCACUGCUGGUGUCCAUAUUAUUUGGAGACUGGCCUGUUCUGUGAGCUCUUCCCCUGUGCAGGUGGUGCUGCUCACGCCCAGAGCUGGGGAAGAAUCUUCUCCGGGUUUUGCUUUAAAUGGCUACUGGCUGGUUUCCAGGCUGCACACUCUCUCUUCAGCAUAGCUGCUGUGCCCGUUGCCUAGUGAGGAGAAACUGGGACUUCCCAGCCCAGCAUGGGAGAGGGAGGGUUGGGGAAACACUAAUGUCCACCCCUGUGCAGAGAUGAGAGGGUGAGAUCUGGAAUCCUCCUGCCCCACUGAGUUCCUUCUGCAUCUGGGCUUGGGAAGGUGGAUCAUAGCUGAACGUGGGCUCCUGCUCAGGUGAGCCAUUUAAUCUAGGAUCUGAAAAUAUAAAACUGUAUUGCCUCAGCUGAGAGACUCAGGUCUAUUGGCUCAAAGGCUGUAGCAAACUCAGACUUGUGUGUUGUCCAGCUAGUAGAAAGGGACAGCGCUGGCCUGUGAGCAUUGGCUGCAUGUGCAACACAACUCUACUCUCAGGUGGGGAAAGACAAUUGUGUUGUACAUUCCAGACUGCAUAUGUAUUAUUUUUAAUGUCACGCUUGGAAGGAGGUUUCCUUUUCCCAAACUGGUAAUCCUUUGAAUCAGGCCAGCCAACCCAAACCUUAGGGGCUGUCAUUGUUUC